GACAUCCAAGUCUCCUUUAUUUUUUUUUUCUUUUUCCUUCUUCAAUUUGCAGAGAACUUCUAAGAGAGAGUUUGGAAGAAGAAGAGAAAUUUUAUUAGAAUUUUUAGGUUGAAGAAGAGGAGGAGAACUCAAGCAAAGUGUAUCAAUGGCUGAAUUUUAGUUCAUUCUGCACAUCACUGGUUUUUAAUUCGGUUUGAACUCUUCAAAAGGAAUUAAGAGGGCAGUUGGUUUUCACUCGAAAUCAGGAGGUCUCUGGUUUUUCUUGUAUUUCAGAGUGUAUCGGUGGAGUUAGAAUUUCUAUUUGGAACAAGUUAAAGAGGUCGUGUGCGCACGAUUCUGGAAGUGGUUCUGUUUUGAGGGUUAUAUGUGUUUAUGCACGGGGAAUCAGAUUUAUAUGUCUUCAGGAGUCAUGCCACCACGUACUGGUAGACGACGCCGGCAGAAUCAGGACGGGAUGCAAGGUCCUACCCAAGGUCCAUCUGUAGGGGAAUCUAGUACCCUAGGAGUUCGAGGUGGUGCAGGAAACGAGCAGUUUGCGAGAACAACACAGGAAAUAGGAAGGACAGAUAGAGCAGAGCCUAGUGAUCCAGAAAAGGCAUACGGAAUUGAACGGCUGAAGAAGUUAGGGGCUACAGUGUUUGAAGGUUCCACAGAUCCAGCUGAUGCAGAGAACUGGUUGAAUAUGCUUGAAAAGUGUUUUGAUGUGAUGAAUUGUCCUGAGGAGCGAAAGGUUAGAUUGGCCACAUUUUUGUUGCAAAAAGAGGCUGAAGGAUGGUGGAAAUCUAUAUUAGCAAGACGCAGUGAUGCACGUGCUUUAGACUGGCAGACUUUUAGAGGCAUAUUCUAAGAUAA